GGGAUAUCGAUAGGUCGUUCAACGAACCCUUUUGAUCCGGUAAAUACGAUCGACUCUUCACAGGAAGGAACAAUGUCGACGUCCGACAUGGAUCGGACGACUCGAAGUGAUACGGACGAGACCCUUCAGUUGGAGCAGGAAAAGCAGCACGACUCUGUAUCUCCUGCAACACCCUCUUCCGCUAAGAAAUCAUGGAAUUGGGAUAACGUCAAACCAGACAAGGUCACUUUGUUACUCGCGAUUAAGUCUGCGCUCGGACUGGGGAUCAUCGCGGCCUUGUCGCAGUCCGAAGACGUGAUGCGUAUCGAGACGACGCUUUAUUAUGUUUCAUUAAUUAUCGCUUCAUUGUUCGGGACAUGGAAGCCUAGGGGUGCGUUCUUUGAGGGAGUUAUCAUUGCAGUGUUCAUUAUGUGCGCUUUCGUACCCUAUGUCCUUUUCUCGGCUUGCAUGGCACUACUGUCCCGUCACCAGGAUUCCUCCGUACUGGUGGCAACCCGCCUCGGCAUCACGAGUCCUGCGCAACUCGCUCAAUAUGAUUCCGCGACGCGACUACAAGCCGUCUAUACUCCCGCACCAGCCGCACUAUGUGCAACCUUCCUGUUCAUCGCUGCAUGGCUUCUCAACGUGCUCAAAGUCAAACUCGGCCUUUCAGCUCUGUUCGGUAUCAUCAUGGGUGGAAUCUUCUCUGGUAUCCUGUUGACGGAAGCUCAUGUUUUCCCGAACUUCGGAUACGUGACGAUGAUUGUCCGCAGGCUGUUGACCGCGAUUUUGCUGGGUGUUGCAGUGCAAUGUGCAGUGAACUUGUUCGUACCGCCGAUCGUUAAUGGACGAUUGCCGUACCUAAAGACAGUCUCGGGAAUCUUGGGACUCGCGUCCAAGGUCUUGAGGGUACAGCAUGAGUCUUUCCUGACGGAUCCGUUGCAGAAGAACAACAACGAUACGGUGGCAAGGACUAUGGUCCAAGGACUGACUGGCCUGUUGGCGAAACUGGCCAUGCUCAAGGGUCCGGCAAAGCGUGAAGUUGUCUUUGGUUACAUGAAGGCCUCUGAUCUGGAAGAACUAAACAAACAUGUCCGACAGCUUGCCGUCCCUGUCAUCGGUUUAGGAAACAUCCGCGCAGUUGAACGAGACAUCUACGUUCGCCAUGUCGACGGCCUCAAUGAAGAUGACAUCGAGACCGCUAAGCAGCAGAGUCAUUGGUUUUACCGAAACGGACAGGUUGACACCUCUCCUGAUAUCUGGCAAAAGGUCUCAGAGGACAACUUGCGCGAGGCUGGGCUGUUAUUGAAGAGGAGUUGUGGAGACGUUAUCACUGGAUGUGAGGAGGCAAUUACACAUAUCCAGCGCACCCUCCGUCUUGGACCUUACCAACGUGCACCGUGGUACGUUGCCUGGAUGAAGAAGCAUGACAAGACGCUUGAUCGAACGCCUGAGGAUGACCUCUUCUUGCCAAGGUUCGAAGCUAUAAUCGCAGAGUUCUGGGCACACCGGACAGAGGGCUUCGAAGCUUUGAAGCAGAAGGAUCGGUCAUUCUCGCCUCCGUUGUACAUGAUUCUGUACUACGAGUCACUUAUCUACACUGCGGCACGUACCUUGGUUGACAUGUCCAAGUUCGCAGAUGCCAAACACCAGGAUGGAACCAUGACCCAUCUACGUCUUCGUCUCCCCUCGUUGCGGUCAUUCCGUAAAGCAAUUGUCGGAGCCUUCGAUAGCAAGAAAGAAGAAGAAGGUCGGGGACAGGAGUACUCGGACGGCAGUUACGUACAGUGGUCAAUCCUCGACAGCAAGGACGAGAUGGAGCCCGUGCCUGGUUGGUAUCGCAAGCCAUUCAUCCUCUUGUGGAGGUUUGGGCAGAUUAUGCAAGGCUCUACCAGUGCAUUUGGUCUAAGAGCGGCUAUUGCUAUGCUUGCGUGUACGCUUCCCGCAUACUUCCACAGCAGUAUCAAGAUUUUCAUCCAGUAUCGGUUGAUUUGGAUCACGCUGACCGUAUUGCUGGGUUUGCAGCCUAUUGCGGGCAGAGCGUUCUCGACCGGCAUCAUGCGUCUCAUCGGAACUGUUGUUGGAGGAGUGUUGGGUCUCCUGGCUUGUGAGAUCGGGAGAAAGCCGGCCGCAAUUAUUCCGCUCUACUUCUUGAGCUUAAUCCCCCAGUUCUACGUGCAGAUCAAGAAUCCGGUGUUGUACUUCCUGCCGACGUUGAUGAGUAUGAUCACGGAGGCACUCAUUGUGGGUUACGAGCUUGCCGAAAUGAAGCUUGGACGUGCAGCGUUGUCGGCCGGUGGACAAAUUUACCUCUCUGUUCCCGCUCUUUUCGGGUACCGAGUCCUGCUUACUGUUGCAGGAGUUGUCGUAUCGUUCGUCUUCACAAUCUUCCCGUCCCUGAUCACCGGUCGCAGACUCGUUCGCGACGAGCUUGCACAGUCCUGUUUGUUCGCGGGUGACUUGUACUCUAUCGUACACACCAAAAUCGCUGCCGAAGCUGCGGGUGUUCAGCCUCGCGAACUGAACAAGCGCAUCAGGAAUGCGAGAGCAAAGCUGACUGGUCUGGCAGCUUCCCAGCAGCAACUUAUGAGCUUUACCGCGUAUGAACCUGUCUUGCGUGGAAGAUGGCCACGGGAGAGAUACAUGAACAUCCAGAAGCACAUGCUCAUCAUCACAGGUUUGCUAGCGACAAUGGAUCUCCAGAUUGAUGCUUUCACCGAGGACGAUGAGAAACUAUUGGCGGAGCUGCUCGACAAGCCAUCGUUCAGGCUUUUCUAUGAGACUGUAUUGAGUACAUUCCAUCACGUAAGUAUUUCGCUUGCUCUGGGUCGACCUCUUCCUCCAUUUAUGAGGUCACCCGUGCAAGUCAUGAGGGACAGGGAUCAGGACGUCAAAUGGGCGGGUGAACGAUCCAACUUUCAUCAGAGGAAGGAGUACGCAGCAAUUGCAGGUAUCGUAUUGCCGGGUAAUGCGAUCGCGCGCAGUUUGGAGGUCAUCGUGUACGAAGUUAAGGCUUUGUAUGGUGAAAACAUCCCGAGUGGUGCUGGACUUGGUCAUGGUAAUGGGAAGGGUAAAAUGACGUAGGUUAUGGAUUCGGGGA